AUUUAUCACAUGUUGAAAUGACUUGAAGAUGUGAGCAAUUUGGCUAUAAUUUGGAAUGGGAAUGAGCAGUGGUGGAUGAAGCACCCAAAUCCUCUUACUCCUCUUUACUUUUAAGUAAAAGUAAUUAUACAUUCAAUGUUAAGACUCAAUUAUAUGAUAAAAAAUGUGGCACACUUGUUGGAUUACCUGCAGACUAAUGAUCUAAUUGGUUGUCAUGGUUAUGCAGUUUUUAAUGCUGCAUGUGCAUCUAGCAACGUCUUAGUACUAUUAUCUAAAUUCCAAGCUAACCUGAAUUGUCUCUUUGACCUUCCCAGCUGAGCAACUAGGGUGCUCUCAGUAAAUCCCCGCCUCAAGAUGACGACCACAUUCAGAUUUGGAACCACUAGCGGUCCAUGCAAGACUACCGCUGCUGAGAGGGCACAUCUGGCAGAGGAAACUGCUGAAAAAGGGAACUGUGAUCCAGAUAAACUUUUGCAGUGCCCCUUUGACAAGAGCCACCAGAUCCGUGCUUGCCGGUUCCCUUACCAUCUUAUAAAGUGCAGGAAGAAUCAUCCGCAACUGGCCAAUGAGCUGAAAACCUGCCCUUUUAAUGCUCGCCACCUGGUCCCUAAGCAUGAGCUGACACGCCACACUGAGACCUGUGAGGACAGAAUAUCUGUGGACUCUGAGGAUGGUAUAAGCACAAAUGGACAUUGGAAAUGGCAGGUCCCUGUCAGCACCUGGGUAAAUCCAAACAUGACUGAGGACUGGGACAAAGAGGCUGAUGAUGCUCCUGCUCCAUUUGUGUGGGGUAAAAACCCAUCCUUGAAUCAACAACUGGAGAUGAGGCCCACCAACAAUCUUGGUCCAAGUUUUAGAGCACCCAAUACCCUCCCUUGGUCUGGGUUUAAGCCAUAAUGUGUGCUUACUAUUAAUCCAAAAAGAAGCAACAUGUAGCUUAAUGGACUCUAUUGUAUGUAUGUAUGUAUGUAUGCAUGCGUAGAUAUCUUUUUUUAAAUUUGUUUUUAACAAGUCUUUGCCCAAUUAAGGUUUUAAUUUGCACAGUUAAAUAUAACUUUUCCCAUAUUGGUUCUAGGUUACAGAGAUCUUAUUUGUAGUUGCAUGAUGUGGCAAAUAACCUAAAUGCAAAGCGUAGUGACUUUUAAGUGGCAUAUAUACACACACCAAGGCUUCUUUUUUUCCCCUGUAUUAUCUUGCAUGAAUCUUUUACACAGAAACAGAUGGUAUUGGUUGGAACUGUGUUGUAUUAAAAGUUAAAUAAUU